UUAAACAUAGAAUAGAAUUGAAACAUGAGGAUCAUCUGGUGGAAAAUAAAAAUUAACUUGUAUAGUAAAAAUGAACAAAAAUAAUUUUGGAUCACAUAGGAAGAAUGGAAAGAAAUGCAAAUAAAGGUAACUAACCAU